AUGUGGAAGUUUUCAGAUAGAAGGGAAGGAACCAACGCACUGUCGGGUGCUGACUUGGACCGGUAUCAAUCAUUGGCAGCUGCAAAUGCACUUGUACCUUCAGAACAGCAGCUGAAACUAUGCAUUGCGGGUCUUCAAUAUAGACCAACCGGGUAUUAUGGUUGGUGGGAUGGAUCGGAUGUGCCACAGAACGUUUCGUGGUUCUCGCUCAGUGGGCAAAAGUUGGGUAAUGGUAGCACUACUUCUCUCAAAUGGACAGAAAAGCUUAGGUUUUUGAAUCCAGGGAACGAAACGUUUAGUCAGUUGUGGAAGCAGUUCGGUGAGGACAGCCUUGCCACUCAGGAGCGUUAUGCAAUUGUUGGAUGGCCGGCAUCCACCAACAUCAAUAGCAUAAUCAAAUUAAUGGGAGACAUCGCCGCUGCUGAAAUGGCACUUUCCGACAAUCGAGUCGACAUGAUCAAGGUGAAAGAGAUUCUUCAGUACAGAUCUGAGCAGGAACGACAGGAACCUCCGUAUCGCUAUGGCUAUGGCUACGAUGAAUACGGAUAUUCCACCCAAUGCCACUACAUCUUUGUAAAACGAUUUGUAAGGCGAUCGCUGACUCGAGGGACGUGGCAGUUAUCGAAAUGUUUUUCAAGACGUGUUUCUCUCGACUCAAGGAAAAGCGUGAAUUGA